UUGUGGAAUCCGCCAUCUUUGAUGAUGAUUCCAUGGGAGGAAACUUUUUGUCUGUGAGGUUUAACGCUGGGCAAUGACAGCCGGUACACAAUUCAACCCUAGCACAUAAAUUGAAUCAGUAAUCACUUAACUGCGGACCCAGACAGUGCACAUUUCAUAACUUCAGUCGUGAUUUGUUUGUUUACAAAACUGAACAUUCCAUUCGAACUUGGGUCACCAGUCACUGACUGUCAAACUGCAUUUGUCAUUUCACUGCCAUUGUCUCACCACUAAUGUUGAAAUGAUGUGAUAAACUGAUCAAAAAUGGAAGCACAGGGUGAAGAUGACAAAAAAAAGAUUGAGGAAAUUGGCAAGAUGACGGGUCUGUCUCAGGACGCGAUCCUGGGCAGCACGAAGACGGUGAUUCAGGGCUUGGAGACGCUGAAGAAUGAACACCACCAGAUCCUCAACAGUCUUCUCACGUCAAUGAAAACCAUCAAGAGGGAAAAUGGAGACACUAACCUUGUCGAGGAGAAGACCAAUAUUCUCAAGAAGACACUGGAAAUGAUCGAUCUAGGGCUCGGAGAGGCACAAGUAAUGAUGUCUCUUGGCCAUCACUUCCAACAUGCUGAAGCAGAAAAGCAGAAGCUGCGAGCUCAGGUGCGGCGGCUAUGUCAGGAAAAUGGGUGGCUGCGAGACGAGCUGGCCAACACCCAGCAGAAGCUCCAGGGAAGUGAACAGAGGGUGGCAGCACUGGAGGAGGAGAAAAAACAUUUAGAAUUUAUGAACGAAAUGAAAAAAUACGAUUCUAAUAGUACCAGCUUGCCUGAGGACAAAGAACAAGUCGAUCAACAAACAUCACAGACUGGCCUUGACCUUGGUUUUCCAGAUGAUGACGAAGAUGGACCCUCCCCAGAAGUUCUCUCCCCAACCCAACCAAGUGCUAUGGCCCAGGCUGCCAGUGGAGGUUACGAGAUCCCAGCCAGACUGCGGACCUUACACAAUCUAGUCAUCCAGUAUGCCUCGCAGGGUCGAUAUGAAGUGGCUGUGCCUCUGUGUAAACAGGCUCUCGAGGAUCUAGAGAAGACGAGUGGCCACGACCAUCCCGACGUGGCCACCAUGUUGAAUAUAUUGGCACUAGUGUACAGAGACCAGGGUAAAUAUAAAGAGGCUGCGAACCUUCUGAAUGAUGCCCUGGGAAUUCGCGAGAAAACUCUGGGGCCCGACCACCCAGCUGUUGCUGCCACUCUGAACAAUCUAGCUGUGCUAUAUGGGAAGAGAGGGAAAUACAAGGAGGCAGAACCGCUGUGCAAGAGAGCUUUAGAAAUCAGGGAAAAGGUGCUUGGUAAAGAUCAUCCAGAUGUUGCUAAGCAGUUAAAUAAUCUAGCUCUUCUAUGUCAGAACCAAGGCAAAUACGAAGAGGUAGAGCAGUACUAUCAGAGAGCUCUAGAAAUAUAUGAAAGUAAACUUGGCCCUGAUGAUCCAAAUGUAGCUAAGACUAAAAACAACUUGGCUUCAGCCUACUUGAAACAAGGAAAAUACAAACAAGCUGAAGUUUUAUAUAAAGAAGUCUUGACAAGAGCACAUGAAAAGGAGUUUGGAAAAGUUGAAGGUGAUAAUAAACCAAUCUGGAUGAGGGCGGAAGAGAGAGAAGAAAAUAAGGGAAAAUCCAAAGAUGGUUCUCCAUUGCCCGAAUACGGUAGUUGGCAUAAAGCUGCUAAGGUGGACAGCCCAACCGUUACAACAACGUUGAAAAACCUUGGUGCCCUCUACCGUCGACAAGGGAAGUAUGAGGCGGCCGAGACAUUAGAAGAGUGUGCAAUGAGGUCGAAGAAGAAUGCACUGGACGUAGUGAAAACCACCAAAAUAGCCGAAGUACUAGGAAGUGAAUAUCAUAAGGAGCAAUCGCCAAAAGAACGGAAACGUUCUCACAGCAGAGAACGCUUGCGUCGUGAUUCCAUCGAUAGUGUCAGUUAUGAAAAAAAUGAUGGUGCUGAUGAAGUGAGUAUUGAUGUGCACUGGUCGGGGGACGCGACUGGCAAAUUAAAGCGCAGUGGGUCGUUUUCCAAACUGAGAGCUUCCAUAAAGCGCAGCAGUGCUAAGCUGGUGCAGAAAUUGAAGGGAAAAGGUCCAGGAGAUGAGAAUUCUGGAAGUAUGAAAAGAGCAAGCUCCAUGUCAGUUCUCAAUAUAAUCAGCAGUAAUGACAAGUUGCAUGAAAGUCGAAGAUCAGUUGGUGAUUUGCGGAUUCGGGGUAGAACAGCUAGUACGGAACAUUUAUCAGGACAGUUGUUUUGACAGCUGGCUAAUUUAGAAAUGAUUUUAAUGUUGUAAAUGAUAUUUACCUCGGUCCACCGCCGACUGAUGAAAUCGGUUGGGUUACGAUGUGCACGUUCUGACCAUCAUCACGCCAUUCUGAAAAACCAGGACCCGCACAUAACGCAGGAAUUAGCAAUUCGUUCCUGUUUUACUGCAGUGUGCAUGGUUUGCCGUUUUCACAUCCAUGUUUGUGGGCCACUUCGUGUCUUUCAUGACUUGCUUUGUUGACAUUGCACUGUUCGAAAGGGGAAAGCAUAAUAGGAGCUGAGCAGUGCACAUCAUACUUUUAUCAUUUCCAGCAACCGUUUGGACAUGGCGCUUUGUCAUCACGCUGUGUAAAAAAACAUUGUUAUGCAAUGUGGCUUUGAUGUUUAUGCUGUUUUUCAACAUUGGUGGAUAAGUAACAUUUGUUUUUUUCUAGAAUUGCUAUCAGACUUUUAUAAGUAAUACUACUUCAGUCUUUUGUUAUUUAAGAUUAGAAAACCUACUUGUAAGACAAGUUAUACACCAAUGUCAUAAUACAGAUUAACUAUUUCUGCUCAGUGUUUGGUUAUAUUGAAAGCAGAAAGAGGUAACAUCUAAAGUUUAUGUGAUAAAAGGUAUCAGUUUGAGAGUUUAAUUUUACUUGAAAAAGAUAAUUUUUAAAAAGAAUUAUUUCGGGGCUUUAAUAUUUAAUUACACAAAAACUUUAGCAUGGUCGCAAAAAUGCUGUUCCAGCCGUGCACAUUGAUCAGAUGUUUAUGGGGUUUAUUUUAUGUUCAGGGGUGGCUGAUACAAAAAAUAAUCAAACUGAUUGAUAGAUAUUCUGAAUACGUUGUUUUUUUUUAAUUUUUUUUUUUUUUUUUUUUUUUUUUUAAUAAUUAUUUGCUUGAAAUCGGGUCUUUGUGAGCAAUCAUGUUUGAGGAUUGCAGUACACACUGUUAAAUGCAACAUUUCUCUAUCAGUUUUCGAAAAUUUUCGAGAGAGGUGUUUGUUAUUAAGAGUGUUAUCUUAGACUUCUGUAUACUGUAACUUGUCUUGGUGCUGUUGAAGGAAAAUCAAACCAGAUUGCUCACAUAGCCUGGGAUUGUAUUAUGCUAGCUAAAUUGACCUCCCAAAAAAAACCCUCAAAAAAGACAAGAAAAACCCCCAAACCACAAUACAAAUUGCAUUUAUGUUUCAUUAAUCUAGUUAUUAUCAAAUACUUCCCAGUAAUAAUGUGGAGACAAAAAUACUGGUGUGGGAAUGUUGCUUUUAAAAAAUAUACAUAUAUAAAAUAACUGGAUUUUUUUUUUUUAAAUAAUUGUAUUCAGCAUUUCUCUGUUUAAAGUUUAAAAUGGUUUUAAUAUUGAAAGAUUGAAAUUAUGACAAUUUAUAGCAUAAAAGUGCUAUAGGUUUUGGUGUUUUUGUUUUUGUAUAUUUUCAUACAAAAUUAGGAUGAAAUUUAAAUAUAUUAAUGAUAUAUGAUUUUUAACUGGUUGUAGGAAGAAGCUGUAUGUGUAUAAUGCAUUUAAUGGAAAAUUUCAGAUGUACCAACAUUUUCUAUGAUCUUUAAUUAUACUAAACUGUAAACAUAUCUAUACAUACAUACACAUGUAUAUUAUUUAAUACUGUUAUGAAUAGGUUGAAAUGCUGAGCAAAUUCUUGCAAGAUCUGUUACUCUUACCCAGUCCCAACCCUUAGUUCUAGUUACUUGUAGUAAUAUAUAUAUAUAUAUAAUGUAAAUAUCCCUCUUUACAUAACUAAUAAAAAAUAUCUGCACAAAUGACCAUCCUAAACUGAAAUUAUCUUAUUAAAAUGUCAAUAUCAUCAUCAUCAUUUUAAGCAUGACGUGUGUACAGCUGUAGUUGGGUAGAGUAUUUGGGGUUUCUAGUGGUGGUUGCUAUGGUGCUCUAUCUAUUCAUGUUGUUGACUCGUAGGUAGGAAAAAUUCUCGUGGAACUAUGGAGUGUGCUGUAUUAAUCAUUUUCACUCACACUUUAUUGCAGUUGGAAAUCAUAUCUUGAUUUAGAGGUUUAAAAAAAAAAAAAUGUUUAAAAAAUAUUGCCAAAUUUUACUUUUUGAGGUGAUAAUUGUGUAUUUAGGAUCAUAAUGUAUUUUAGAGGUUGUUUUUUUAAAUCGCCCAUUGUUCAGCACAAUUCCCCAAACUAAAAAUAAUGUUACAUUUCACUCCAAAUUUAUAAGUGACAUUUUACCAAUUUGAAUGUAAAAGUGUUUACUUUGAAGAUGAAGAAAAAAUAUGUUUUGUGUGAAACAUCCCAAAUGGGCAUUACAAACUUUUAGAGGUAAAAACCCUUUUAGUGGACUAAUCUUUUACAUAGUGUUUGAAUAGUAAGAUGUUUUGGCACACCGGAAUGUGUAAAGUAUUUUUCAGAGAUUUGAAUUUGGCCAAAAAAGUAAUUUAGUGAACAGGUUGUAAUAACAUUUGUCCAUGUAUUGCUAGCUUUCACUUUGUCCUAGAAAUAAAAAAUAUAUAGUUUAUAUCUUUUUCUGGAUAACUUAUUAAAACUUAAUAAUCAUAAUCGAAUAUCAGUGUAACACAAAACCAAUUUAAUAUGGUUAAUAGAGAGGUGCUUCUGUGAUUGCUAAUUUUAAAUGUUAUUUAUAUCUUGUAUUAAUGGAAGUCUUAACCAUCUAGCAAUUAGUAUAUUGAUAAUGACUUGUCAUUAUACCCACAAAUUAGAUGGCCAUAGAUAAACAUGUGCAUGUAUAUUACAAAGAAAUCUAUAUAUUACUGAAACAUUUUGUUUUGCAUUUGUCAGCAUAGCAGCUUUUAGAACAAAAAUAUACACAUUGCAUUUAGAAAUAGAAAAUGCUUCGUCGGGGUGUAUAAAGUUGUGAAAUGGUGAACAAUUACUAUUUUAUGCCUUCUCAGGAAUGGAUGCUGCUUCGUGUUGAAGUUUGGAUCUUCCAGUUUUAGUGAAAGAAAUAAUUGUCGUGAGAAGUGUUUUGGUGUAAGAAAGAAGGGCCCAAAUUUACGAAGUUUUUUUUUUUAAUGCAGAAGGUUUAAGCAUUGUAAAUGUAUGAAGAUAAAAACGGGCAUUAUAAAUUUAGCCUCCUCUUUCUUUUCAAGAGAGGUGUUAAAAGUAACAACUGUUAUAUUGAAUGAAUACUUGUUCUGUAAGAGGCUAUAUAUGUGAAAAUGAUUUCUGUAUGCAGUUUAUCAGCAUGCCUGCAAAUGUUUAGAAAGAUGGUCAACCCGACAAGGAUUUAGUAUGAUCACUAGUCAUUAUUUUUUACAGUAUGUUUGAAAUUGAUAGAAUAACCUACAAGAUAAUCAGUCUUGGUGCAAUUUUUUUUAAUAGGAGGAGGCAUUAAUAAUGGUGUCCUACAGAUUUUGGUAGAUCUAUUGUUUACAGACAUGCAAAUGAUUUUACUUUUAUUAGGAAAUAUCACAUUGGUUGGGAAGGGGAGGGAUUUGGUCAUCUUUCUUUGCAGGUCUCAUCAGAAUCGGUUUAAAACACCAUGUUAUAUGUCUUGCAAAACCUCUAGAUAAAAAUGCAAAUGUUGUGUUGCUUCAGUAAAAAAAAAAACCUGUAGUUAGUGUACUUUGUAUUGUUCAUCAAGCUGUUCGAUUUUAUGUAACUGUCUAGAAUGCAAGAUGAAGAAUGUAUAUUAUGUUGCCUGUUCACCAUGUAAAUUUUAAAAGCAAGCCAGUAGGCUACAGACAUUGUGUGAGUGAAUUGAAUCAUGUAAGCUGCCAUACAUCGUUGGGUUUAUGCUUCAUGUUUAUUUGAACUGAGCAGUGUUUGUCAGUUUAUGACAAUUUACUGUACAGUUGCUUUACUUCAAUACUGAUAAUUUAUUAAAGCAAAUGAUAUAAA